UCUACAAUUUAUUAUAUUGGCGGACUUCAUAAUGGAGGUGCUGUCAGCAAAUUUGAUACACUAUCCCUGCAAUGGAGUGAACCAAUUACUUCUGGAUCGAUACCUACUCCUCCUUUUGAAAGGAGUGAUGAAGUGAUGAAAUUUAGUCAAUGUGUAAUUUUCGGAC